ACCACCAAAUCGUUGCUCUCGUUCGACGAAGAGCAGGACGACGAUUAAAACAGUACAAACACAUUUAGUACAAGAAACCCCUCUGGUUUGACAUUCUGAUAUGGCAGCUGCUGUAGAAAUGGGAGAAGUCGAUGAUAUCCACAUAAAAGAUGACAAUGUAACAGAAGGUGUUGUGAUGAAUGGUGAUAUAGGUGAGGGUGAGAAGAGGACUGUGGUGGAAGAGAAGAGUGAUGUGGAAGUGAUGGAAGUGGAUGAGCCAGAGGAUGAACCAGAAGUGGAGGAGGAACCGGAGAAAGAGGAUGAGGAGGAGAUCGUUGAGAAUGCCAGUACAGAGGAUACUGCCAACAGUGUUUCAGAUGAGAAUAGUCAAGAUAUGACGACACAGGAGGAAGAGGAUGGGGAGCACAAGGAAGAAGAAGAAGAAGCAGCAGCAGCUGCUGAGGAAGUGGAGGAGCCUGAAUUAGAUAAAAUGGAUGAGGAUGACAAUAAUAGUCAUCAGGAGGAAGAGGAGGAGGAGGAAGAGGUUGACAGCCACAGGGCUGAAGUUGAUGAAAGCGCUGAACAGGAGGACGAUAUCACUGUAAUUGAGUGCAAUGAGGAUGGCGACAAGGAGCAAGCUGAUGAUGAGGUUGAGGAGGUCGUGGACGAAGUGCACGCCGUUGAUGAUAACAGUGAUGACGAUGUCGUACAGAUUACGAAAGAAGAGGUGACGCACGUCACGCCCGUGAAAGAUAGUGCAAGCACAAAAAUUGUGGUAUUAAACGAUUCGAACGAAGUGGACGAUAUCAUGAUCGUUGAUAGUGAUGUCAAGGAAAACGGUACGUCGACCCCUGAAAAGCCAGAGGUUAUUGAUCUGGAUUGUACGCCCGUGAAGAAGACGCCGACGUCUGGAAAACCUGCGAGCGUGACGCCUCGCAGGAGCUCCAGAAAUCUUCACAAGAGCAAGACGUAUGUGGACAUGAGAGAUACCCCCUCAGACGAAUCGGAUAUUGAAGAAGUAAUACCUCAGGAUCCUCUAGCCGAUACUCUGCAUCAGCAGCAGCAACAGCAUCAUCAUCAUCAUCAUCAAAGUGACAAGCCUAAAAAACGUGCUAGUUCGACUAUCGUAGUUAAAGAUACCAAGCGCCUGGUAGAAAUAGCCUCGAAAUCCUCACCGAGCAAUUCGGGUAAAAAAGAGCCGACAUUAGUUAUUAUUGAUACUAAUUCCAUCUUGUCGGGCCGCGGUCCUGUUCCCAUUUCCCAAAAGUCGAGCGGACAAUCUUCGUAUUCCAAUCUACCAGUCGCCCUUCCCGCCCAAGGCGUGUAUCCUCCAAAUAUGCGCGCCACAAUCACUCCCAUCCCCAUGACCACCUCUACACAAAAAACAACGACAACGUCAUCCUCCUCAUCGGUCACGAUGGUUGCACAGCAGCCUCCCAUCUUACCAUCACUAACGGAUGACAUGUUUGUCGUCGAGGCUCCUUCUUUUAUAGUACCUUACGUGUACGAGAAACCACCCGUCAAGAAUCUUAAAGACAGUAUAAAGACAAUAGCUGAUGAGAUCAAAAGGAUGUUGGAGGAGGAAGAAAAGAAGGAAAGGGAAAACGGAGAAGAUAAGGACGACGAUAUUGAGGAAGUCCCGAUAGUGGAAGACAAGAAGGACGAAGACAAAACGAAAAGACACACGUAUUUUGAUAGUCCAAUCGGAAAAUUCUUUGUCGAUAUCGGCAACAGUUUGGUGCAGGAAUACGUGCAAACUGAUCUCCUGAAGCAGCAGAAGAGGAAACGAGAACGCGAAGGCGGUCAGAAUUCGGCGACGAUGAAGACUAUUCAGUCGUUGCUGAAGAGUCUCGAAUACACCAAGGAGAAUAAUCAACCGUACAAGAUGGUCAUGAAGAAAUGCGAGUUCUGUAGUUACAAAACGGAGUCGUCCCUGGCCAUGGCCUUCCAUCUGGAGACACCGCACAUGAAGAACUUUGUAUACAGAUGUAACUUCUGCGCGUACGAGGUGCGGAGUCCGCACGACAUUCUCUAUCACAUGGAGGGUGAACAUUGUGUGCGCGGUCGUUUGGAACGUGCACCCGCGUUCCACCAGUGUCCGAACUGUCCGUUCGAGGACAACCAGAAGGGCAAACUCUCCAGACAUUCGGUUGCUUGUGCGCGAAAGUUCAAGCCUGAGAGGAACCUGGAGCCGCCGAUCGACUGGGAACCGCCUGCCAAGAUACCCAGGGCACCGAGGAUGAAGCAGCAGCAAAGCCUUACGACGACGGCAGCAAUGUACCAGGCGAUGGCCAAGAACUCGUCGAUGAACUACAUGAAGAUGCAGCAGCAGCAGCAACAGCAAGCCUCGAUAGUCCAGCAGACGGCGAUGAAUCGGGGACGAGGCAGACCCAGUCUACCCAUGCCCAGUAAGAAACAAUCACAAGGUUCCCCUCAGGGCCUCGUAUACAAACAGGCUGUUCCAGGUGGUGCAUCCGUUCUUGUACCUACAAACUACCAAAUCAGUGGAAAUCAACUGUACCAGGUCGUUGGUGGUCAGGAUAUGGGCAAUCGGCUAGGUGGCCCCAUGGGUAUUGUACCCAGUUUGUCCUCCACCUCCGGUACAAUAUCCAUUCAGAAUUCGUCGAGCAAGUCGAAAACAGUUCACCAGCCUAGCAUCUCGAUAACGCCGUUACCACGGCCAACGGGAGGUAGUGGCUCUUCGGCGUCAUCUCUAUCGAAUUCCUCUCUACCUGGUGUCGCGGGUGCCAAACCUGGCGACUCGAACUCGAAGAACUCCUUCGUUAUCUGCGAGAUCUGCGACGGGUAUAUCAAAGACUUGGAGCAACUGCGGAACCACAUGCAGUGGAUACACAAAGUCAAGAUUCACCCCAAGAUGAUAUACAAUCGGCCACCUUUGAACUGCCAAAAAUGUCAGUUCAGGUUCUUCACCGAUCAGGGCCUGGAGAGGCAUCUCCUCGGUUCCCACGGUUUGGUCACAUCGAGCAUGCAGGAAGCCGCCAACAAAUGCAAAGACAGUGGACGGUGUCCUGUUUGCGGAAGGGUGUACCAAUGGAAAUUGCUUAAUCACGUUGCCAGAGAUCACAGCAUGACAUUGAAGCCUGCUCACCUUUCGUACAAGUGCACGGUGUGCACGGCCACUUUCGGCAUGUACAAACAAUUUGAGAAUCACGUGUAUUCGGCGCAUAGUGUCGUGGCGAAACGUUCUAACGACAAGAAACCUGUGAACUCUUCGCCUCCCAGCUCGAAGGGAGAAUCGCUGCUGAAGCCGCUCAAGAUCAACGACGAAAUCACGAUCAUUCCCCAGAUGCCCAAGUCGAACGGUGCCGGAUCCAGUAAGGACGGUCACGCGUCCACCAGUAAAAACACGCCUAGCACAAGUAAAAUUGGCGAUGCUUCAAUAACUAGAGCUGAGCGUCUGGCUCGUCGCAAAACCUCAUUAGUUGGAGAUAAUAACUGAGACUAUUUAAAAAGAUUAUAAGUUUAACAAUUGAAUGAAUGAUGAUGAUGAUGAAUAUACACGCAAGGAAAAAAUACACGAUGAAAUGUAAUAAUAAAAGAGAGAUAUAUAUGUAUUGAUAUUUACACAGUGUAAUUGAUGAAUGUGGGAGGAGCGCAUGGAUUGGUGCGAAAAUAAAUGUACACGAAGGAUGGAAAUAAAUGGAAAUCAUUAUGAAAUAGUGCGUGGACAUUGUGUAUAAAAAGAAAAACAAAUAUAUAUAUAUAUGGGGAUGAUGGACACUGGAAGCGAGAAGCGUUCGAUAUUUAUUUUCACUGUUUUUUUUUUUUUGUAAUUUACCCUCCGAACGUUUAU